CGUUCAUUAACAACAGAAUCAACGAGCUUAAAUACUAUGAUGAAUAAAGCAAUAAUGAAAUCAUCAUCAUUGUCAUGGAAAAAUAAUCAUCGUAUUGAACAACAAGAAUCAUCAAAUCAACCGAUAAUGUUAUCAUUGAUGAUUGAUACACAAUUUAAAAAUGAACCAAUAACACAUAUAAUUGGUUGGGAAGGAACAAAAACAAUAUUACCAUGUAAUGUUUCAUUACCAUUAUUACGUAAUGGUCGAUAUUAUAAUGAUUCUAUUGAUCUGAUAUUAUGGUUUCGUGGACAAGAACAACGUGCACUAUAUUCAAUUGAUGCCAGACGUACAUCGACAAUGCAACGUGCAAAACAUUUUACCGAUGAUGAUAUGCUUGGCACUAGAGCUUUUAUUGAUCUUAGUACACGUCCAAGUAGUUUGAUUAUUGAUUCAUUGAAAAUUGAAGAUGCUGGUGAAUAUCGUUGUCGUGUUGAUUUUCGUCGUUCACCAUCUGAACAUCGUUCCAUAUUGUUGGAUGUAUUGAUACCACCAAAAGAGGUGAUCAUUAUGGAUGAAUUUGGACAACGUCUUAACGAUCCAAUCAGUCCGUUCAAUGAAGGUGCCCAUCUUAAUCUUAUCUGUGAAGCUGAAGGAGGCAAACCAAGACCAUUAUUAUAUUGGUACCGUAAUGAUCAACUAUUGGACAAUCAAUGGACAAUAACAGCACAAGGCAUUGUUCGUAAUGAACUUUUUAUACAUAAAUUACAUCGUGAUGAUCAAGGAACAACGCUUACAUGUCAAUCAUUAUUCAAUGUUUCUGAUGAAUCUAUUGGCCAAAUGUUUCCCAAUAUAAUUCCAUCAUCAUCAUCAUCAACAAUGACAACAACAACAACAACAACUAUUGGUACAAAUUCAGCUGCCAUUCCGACAUUAUCAUCAUCAUUAUCAUUAUGGAAUCCUCGUGAUCCUGAACAAAUAAGACGUGCCAUAUUAGCUAAUCAAUUAUUGGUUGGUCAAAUUUUCGACAACAAUAGUAGCAGUAGUAAUCAACAUGAAAAUUUAUUCAAAUUAAAACAAUCACAAAGCAGUAUCCAAUUGGAACUUAAUCUCCGUCCAUUGAAUGUACGCAUUACAACCGUACAUCGUCCAUUGAUUGAUGGACAAAUGAUUGUGAUCAAUUGUGAAUCGGAUGGUGCACGACCACCAGCAUUAUUGUCAUGGUGGAAACAAUCGCAACGUUUAGAACACGCUGUUACUGAAGAAAUUGGUGUAGGAAAUUCAAUUUCUAAUCGUACAUUCAGUACAAUUCAAUUUGUGCCAACAAUCAAUGAUAAUGGUAAAGUGUUGAGCUGUCGUGCCGAUCAUCCAGUAUUGCCUGAUUCUUCCCUUGAGGAUUCUUGGAUUCUAAAUGUUUUAUUUAAGCCAAAAUUGACAAUUUCAUUUGGCGCUACCAUUCAACAUGAUAAUAUCCAUGAACGUUCCAAUGUUUCAAUUGAAUGUCAUGUUUCAGCUAAUCCUAUCGCUUCGGAAAUUGGAUGGAUUUUUGAAGGACGUCGUCUGUCAUUCGUAUCGAAUAAUCCAAAAUCAAUUCAUCAUCAUCGUGGUGAAUGGAAUGAUUCUUGGAUUGAAUUCAAAUCGAACACAUUAUUAAUCUAUAAUAUUGAUCGAAAACAUUCCGGUCGUUAUCGUUGUAUGGCUGCCAAUGUUCAAGGUGAAGGAUAUAGUGAUGAUAUUCUUCUUAAAGUUCAAUAUAAACCAGUUUGUGCACGUGGUCAACGUAGUUUAUUUGGUGUAGCACAACGUGAACCACUUCAAGUGCCUUGUACAGUUGAAUCCGAUCCUGAAGAAGUGACUUUUCGUUGGAUGUUUAAUAGUUCACAAUCAGAAUCAAUGAUGAUGAUUCCUAUCGAUACAUUUCAAGUUCGUCCAGCUAGCAAAAGUUUGUUGUUGACAAAAAGUCGAACUUCGAUCGCACGUUAUGAACCAAAAACACGUUAUGGUUAUGGUCAAUUAUUAUGUUGGGCAACAAAUAAACUUGGCGAACAAUAUGAACCAUGUCGUUUUGAUAUAAUACCGGCUGGACAACCACAACCAUUGCAAAAUUGUAUGGUACGAAAUCAAAGCUCUGAUGGUCUGGUGGUACGUUGUCAACCCGGUGAUGAUGGUGGUCUUGAUCAACAAUUUCAUUUGGAAAUAUUUCAAGCUGAUCAAGGACAGAUGGUGGCCAAUCUAACCACAAGCGAUAUCGUGGAUGAUGGUGAAAAUUUAGGUCAACAAAUUUUAUUUGGAAACAUUUUCAAUGAUUCAAUUGAUGAUCAUAAAGCUGUGGCUGCUAAUCCAUUAGCACAAUCAAACAAUUAUAUUGAAUUUAUUGUUCGUGAUAUUCCAGUUUCAACAUAUGUUCUUUUAUUAUAUGCAUCUAAUGUUAAAGGUCGUAGUAAUUAUGUAACACUUUCGGCUACAACAAUGCAUCCCGGUAGUCGUGGAUCAGAAUUUCUAAAAUUUACUGCCGAUUUUGGUAUCAAACCUAUGAUGUAUUUGUUAAUCACUGUUGUCAUUGGAUUAGUCAUUUCAGCCAUAAUCAUUAUGAUUGUAUCGAAAAUUCGUACCAUUAAUCGAUCUAAAGGUCGUCAUCGACCACUUUCAUCGCCAACAUCAUUAUCAUUGUCUAAAGCUAAUAAAUCAAUGAUUAAACAAAUAUCUAUUGAUCAUAAUGAUAACAACAAUAACAAUGAUGGUAGUGACGCACAUAUCAAUCUGGAUACAUUUGAUACAUUCACAGCAUCUAUACAGCAAUCAUCAAUUAAUAAAUUAGACAAUCACAAUCAAAAUGGUAUCGGUGAUAAUUGUAAUAAUCUUCAUCCAGUUACAUUAUUAGAUUUGACCACAACAUCGACAACGAACAUUGGGCCACCACCACAGCAACAAUCAUCAUCUUCAUCACCAUUUCAUGAUCAUUGUUUAGGAUCAUUGUUAGGUAAUAAUAAUAUAAAUAGUUCAAGGAUAAAUUCUACAACAGCUGCAUCAUAUCAUUGUGGUACAUUGCCCAUAAAUUCUAACCAUCAUUCAACAUUGUACAAACAAAUUGUUGGUGAAAACAACAUCGAUAGUAGUAUAAAUGGAUCACCUAAACAACAACAUUGCCAACAAACUCAUCCACUAAGUGUGAUUAUAAAAAAUCCUUUAAUGGAACAUUUAAGUAGUAGUCAAUCUCCUUCAUCGAUUGAUUCAUUACCAUCACAGCCACCUCCAAUGUAUCAUACGGUUUAUGCUUCCGAAACAACAACAUCGGCUGAUUCUCCAUUCUUCUCGAUACAUCCUUGUCAAACACGAUCUAAUUCGAACACUGAUACCGCCACUCCAUUACAUUUACUUAUGGAUGUUUCAUCAUAUUAUCAACAUAGUACGGAUAAAAUUUCGAAUCAUUCAUCAAGCCACACCGCACUAAUACCAUCAAAUUAUCAUCAUAGUCAACCGAAUACAAUUGGUUCAAUGACAUGGAGUCAAGCUGAAACAUUACCAUUAGGUGGUGGAUCCGGGAGCAGCCGGAAUGGUAUCGAUUCUCAUAUCGGUGGCUUUCUAUCACCAACAUCACCAAUUUCAACAUUAUCGGUGCCUUUUACAUUGCAACAACACCAACAACAACAUUCACAACUUUUAGGAUCAACAAUGAUAAUGGAAGAGGAAAAAUUCUUGUGAAUCUUCUCAUAAUCAACCAAUAACAUCAGAAACACAGGAAACAUCAACAACCGUAUAAAUAAAAUUCGUGAUCAUUGAUGAAUUUAAUGCUCAGCCAAACUGUAAAUACGAUGUGUAGAAAUUUGAAAAUUGUUAAUAAUUUUUAAUUUUACCUGUGUUCUGUUUACCUCUCCUCUGUAUCAUAAUGUUUUCUUUUUCUCUUGUUUUGUUCAAUUUAUUUAUCGAAUUAAUAAAAUAUAAAA